AUGGCUAGCAAGGCGGGUACGCACCACAAGCGAUCCAGGCUUGCUGAGUCCGCGUACAGCUCACCCUACUCACACGUCGGUGCCCCGACCCCCCAUCCUAACACAGAUCCUUACUCACAACUCCGCACCCGUGCGCUCUCUACUCUUGAGGCUAUGGGAUAUGACCCGAAGACCAUGGUGGAACGUGGUGUGGUCUGGGCCGAAGAUCAAGACCCUUUCGGCCAUGUCAUGCAGUCGCAGUAUAUGCACUUCUUUGGCACUUGCUUUCAUCGCGUCAUGGAAAGUUACGACGAAUUCCUUAGCGAACAGGAGUACGACGACAUGAUCAGUGCCAAAACCGUCGUCCCCGCCCUUCGAAAAUAUAAUGUUGACAUCAAAAGACAGGUCAAGUACCCUGAUUCACUUAUCGCAGCCUACCGGGAGGAGCAUAUAGAGCCAACGCGCAACGGUGGGACUACCUCCCUGUUUUCUUUGAAGCAGCAAGCCAUCGUUGCAGAAGUCAAGGGCACCGUUACUUUCAUGGACGCUAAAACCGGCCGUCCCGUCGACAUCCGUACCCUUGGCGGAGGAUGGCCGGCUCUGUAUGACGGUUUUAGUGAGAAGUGUAAACACGGGAUCAGCCUUAAAGAGCAGUGGGAAAACAACCACCGUAAAUCAAAUAUGUAA